AUUCCUUUUGACAACUAAGCGAUGCAAAGUGAUAGGAGCAAAUAAAUAAAAUAAAAAAAAAGUUUAAAAAAAUAAGGUGAUUCAUGCAAGCAACUUCUAAUCAGGAUUUGACAGGCCAAAGUGGAACAGCACGACCAUCAGGGCCAAUUGUUCCUUCUUCUAAUUCGGCUCAAGCAAAAACCAGCACCUCUAACCAGUAUCAGCAUGUGAAAGAAAAAGAGAACUCGACAGCAAGAGGAAUACAAUCCACCGCGACUAGUGGUAGACGACGUACUUCAGGACCACAUCAAAGUCAAAGUCAGAGUCAAAGUCAAAGCCAAAGUCAAGGACAAGGACAAGGACAAGGACAGCAACGAAGCACUUUGAACGGAGGGUCAGCGACGUCAGGAAGUACAAUGGAUGGAUUUAUAAACCAGAAAAUGAAAGAAGACCUUGAGAAUUGGAUCGAAGCUUUAGGAUUGGAUCCAGACACGCCUGUGAACAUUGUUGGAUAUUUCGGACACUGCAAGGAUUUACGGAUGUUUGAACGGGCUUUCCCACUAGCUGCAACGACGACGGCCACGACGACGACCACGGCAAAGGGCUCUGACACUCGUUCAACCAUGUAUGAUAAUGAAGAAGAUUACUCUAAUGAUGAAGAUGAAGUUGAGGUUGGAGUUGAAGAAGGCAAACCGUUGUGUGGGUGGUCUGGACUCAAUAAUGAUCAGAAUGAUUCACAAAGACAUCAAGGAGCAGCACGCAAAGGAUGGGCAUUGGGGAUUGGGAACAAGGAAACGACAGGUGAUAUCCAUGUUUAUUUGGAUCAAUCCAAGAAUACACUCAUGCUACGACAUUCCUACCUCUAUGAUACACAGGAGAUGCUUUCAGCCUGCAUGGAGUCCGUGGAGGCAGUUAAGAAAGAUCGCGUGUCAUUAAUGAAAUGGAUACACGAUCAAGAGUUCGAGAGUCAUCGAGCGCUAUUAUUCCUAUUCCUCGUUUCGCAUGUUGUAGUAUACACAUCUCCAGACUUGAACGUUGAUCCGCGGAUUAUCUCUGUAUUUUUGGCGCUGUCGACGAUCAAGAAACAGAUUAUGCAGGAAAUGGAUAAAUUUCUGGCGAUAUGUUGGGAUCGAUUAGGCGUUCAAUCUCCGGAGCAACAGCGACUCUCGACAGAUCAGCCUCAGAACGAAUCGCCCAAUCAUCACCAUCAUCAUAGCAGUAGCAACAAUAGCAGUGGUAGUAAUGCCAACCGUGGCAACUCAAAUUCAGUUGCUAGCGUAUUUACGCCAGGAAGAUGUGUACCUGUCCUCGUGUUUGUGAUCGAGCGAGUUCCUGUUGUGGUACCAUGGUUUGAUUCUGGAGCCACUGAAAGCCAGAUUGUUGAGCAAUUAAGACAACACGUACUCAAAAAAUCAGUCGACGCAUUGCAGACAAGAUUAAGAUACGUCUUCAGAGCAUGCAAAUUGAUCCAGAGUCUCGACGCUCCGGCUGGAGUAUUUGACGCUCGACAGCUUUUUGUGCUACCAGGCCCAUCAUCCACGCCAUUUGUUCAUGUCAUCCCAUACUUUACAGGACAACUAAAUCUACUACAAACGGACUACGCACUAUCAUCACCAGCAACAACAUUGACAACUUCCAUGCACAGUAGCAACGACGUGAAUGGUGGAGAUGCUGUACUAGAUCCGGCGGAAGAAGUGCUGUUAAGGCAAAAGAUUAAGUCUGCACCAAACAAGAAACAUGGAGGAGGAGGAAGUCAAGGUUCAAAAGGCCAAUUUUCAAGGAAUAGUCAACGGGAGAAGACAGCGCAUGUAGGAGCGACUUUGCUAUCGUCACAAGCAACCAUUGAUAAAAAGACGCAGUUCAACAAUACCUUUAACUUGUUUGGUAUACCAGCACUACGAGAUGUUUAUGAUGCAGCAGUGCAUAUAAGAGAUAACUCACUUGCUGCAGGAACUAGUCGAGAAGAUACCGCCGUCGUUACUUCAACAACACCGAGUGUGUCACUAGGUUCAUUAUAUUUGGAUUAUUCAGAACCGUUGUUGAAGCAAUUCGUGUAUGGAUGGCUCAAGAACCUUUCCACAACUGGUGGAUAUGGCAACGCUGUCGGAAAGCGAAACGUUGGAAAUGUCGAUUUACCCACAUUGAAACAGUGGCUGGCAGGGAGCUUAGGCGUUUGUGAAGCGCUUGGUAUGGGCUCCUUUGCAUCGCCUAUCAUCAUGCGGGACCAGACCGAUAUGACGGGAUCGACAGAUGAUACUGAUUCUGGCGUUGUUGAUCAAAGUCAAGCAUCGGGAGAAGACCAACCAUUGAAUACCAAAUUGUCAAAGUCAAGCGCUAACUUAGGUUCAGGAGGAGGACGACGUUCUGGCGGUAAAAGAUACUCGCAGCGAUGUGUCAACAUGGUACAAAAGAAAAUCCAGGAUUAUGUUCUUACGGAUGAGGUGAUGGAAGAACUGUAUGGUUCAAAGAUAGAUGGGAUAGCAACAACAUCAUCAGCUUCCACAUCGACUAGAGCUCAUUCCGAGAGGUACCAUCAACUGAAGGUAAGGGAAAUACACGUUACGCAAUGUAACACAUGCUCCGACUCAGAAGUUGCGGGAACUAAGCCCUGAUUAUCAAGACAUGACAUGAGAGGAGACGAAUAAAAAAAAUACCUCACUUCUGACAGCUGUCAACCGGAGGGGUACACACAUGUUUUUUUGCGAAGCAAUCAUUUUUUUCUUUCAAACUGAAUGUUAUGAUAUAACAAACAUUCAAACCUUGUAAUAUUCUAGGCUGACCAAGCAACCAAGCUAUUCCAGUCCUUGGCACAUCGACGAUGAAGGGGAUUGGCUCAUCAACAACAAGGAUAUUUUGAUGACUGUAAAAGAAC